CAGAUCCUCGGGCUGCGGGCGGGUCGGGAGGGGCUGCUGGGAGAAGAGGUCCUUGGGCGCAGCCUGUGACUCAGGGCAGGGGAUGGUCAGGGCAGGACAGCAGAGCUCCCUCCCGGGGGCAUGCCCCCGGCUUCUGGCAAGGGUGGGGGCUGGUCGGGACGGGGGUACCUACCAGCCUCGCGCGAGGGGGAGCGGGUUCUUCCCUGAACUCCGAGACGCCCCACCUUGGCUCAGGAAGCUGGGAGGAGACGCUGCCAAGCCCCAGCGGCCUCUUCCCAGCCAGUAGGUGCUGGCUCCCUGGGCUGGGAGGGUUCAUUAUCUGCGCUCUGAGCUCUUGCCUGUGGCGCGGUGUGUUCCGGGGACCCGUCUCGGUCUCUGCUGGGUCAGGAGGCACAGGGUGCUGGCCCUUCUCAGCAGGGGCCAGGGCCCAGGCCCACUCCUGCUGCGGGGGCCUGUGGGGCCGCGGGGCCUGGCUGUGCCUGGGCUUGGGCUUGUGUUUGCUCUGGGAGGCCGAAGGGAGCAGUGCCAGCCCUGCACACACAGCUUGCUCUGUUCUGGGGCCAGAGAGAGGGAGCCGGUGGGGGGCAGCUCUCCUGGGAGCUGGGAGCUGGGAGCGCGGAGGCUGGAGCAGGCAGGGGCCCAGGCCCCUGGCGGCCUGACCCGGACAGCUCUGAGGCCCUGGGAUUGACAGCUGCGGCUCUGUGUCUCUCCAUCUGGCUGGCAAGUCCUUUCUGGGUAAACGGGACAGACUCAAAAGGAAGCAGGCGGAAGCGCUGAGGACCCUGGUGGGGCCAGCUGCUCGGCCCCUCUCCUGCUCUGGGCCCAGGCACCUCCACUGUAGGCCUGGGCUCUCCCUCCUGUGAGCGGAGUGUUGGAAGCCCACUCAGGCCAUGCUUUCUCAAAGCUGCUAUAGCCAGUGGGGUUCGUGGUCUUCGGGUGAAUGUCAUUUGUUUUUUCAUUCAGCUACUAACUCCAGUGCCUAGAGAAACACAAACCGGACCCUCAGGAAGUCUCUGCCGAUGACUGGGGACAGAUCCUGCCCUGUAGUCACAACCCAAUGGGACAUAUACCCUGACAGAGGGUGGGAGAUGGGGAUGGAGGAAUGGGCGGCUGACUGGAGAAGAUGCCCCACUCUGAGAUGUGAAGGAUGGGGAGGGAUUCAUCGUUUGGGGAGUACUGUGAUGGAGCCCUGCUCUUGGGGGCAGUGAGCACACUGUCCUCCAGGCACGGUGUCCCUGGAGCUUGCUCAGAGGAGGAAGUGAUCUCCUUCUAGGGGCUUGAGUUGACGCUGGGGACAGCUGAGACCCUGCCCAGAGACAGGAGGGGAGCAGCCGCAUGCCACUGUGUCCUCUAGCCCCUGGGGCGGUGGCUCCGGGGUUGGACUCUGCCUUGCCCUCCUCCGCGGUUCUGGCGCACGCUGUCAUGACCGGCCGGUCACCUGUCUGACACCCCGUGCUGCCCCCGACUCUGGGCUCUUGAGGCGUCAAGGCAGAAUCACAGGGGCAGCGCUGAGACUCGGACACCCAGGUCCCAGGUCCCAGCCCUAAUCCGCCACCAUUCCGUGCUGCGGGGACACCAUGGCUCCAGAAGACGACGCUGGAGGGGAGGCUCUAGAGGGCAGUUUCUGGGAGGCUGGCAACUACCGGCGGACGGUGCAGCGGGUGGAGGACGGGCAUCGGCUGUGCGGGGACCUGGUCAGCUGCUUCCAGGAGCGCGCCCGCAUUGAGAAGGCCUAUGCCCAGCAGCUGGCCGACUGGGCCCGCAAGUGGAGGGGCGCCGUGGAGAAGGGCCCCCAGUACGGCACGCUGGAGAAGGCCUGGCACGCCUUCUUCACGGCUGCCGAGCGGCUGAGCGCGCUGCACCUGGAGGUGCGGGAGAAGCUGCAGGGCCAGGACAGUGAGCGGGUGCGCGCCUGGCAGCGGGGGGCCUUCCACCGGCCCGUGCUGGGUGGCUUCCGUGAGAGCCGGGCUGCCGAGGACGGCUUUCGCAAGGCCCAGAAGCCCUGGCUAAAGAGGCUGAAGGAGGUUGAGGCGUCCAAGAAGAGCUACCACGCAGCCCGGAAGGAGGAGAAGACGGCCCAGACCCGGGAAAGCCACGCGAAGGCAGACAGUGCGGUCUCCCAGGAGCAGCUGCGGAAGCUGCAGGAGCGGGCGGAGCGCUGCAACAAGGAGGCUGAGAAGAUGAAAAGCCAGUACGAGCAGACACUGGCGGAGCUGCACCGCUACACCCCUCGCUACAUGGAGGACAUGGAGCAGGCCUUCGAGACCUGCCAGGCUGCUGAGCGCCAGCGGCUUCUCUUCUUCAAGGACAUGCUGCUCACCUUACACCAGCACCUCGACCUCUCUAGCAGCGAGAGGUUCCACCAGCUCCACCGAGACCUGCAUCAGGGCAUCGAGGCAGCCAGCGACGAGGAGGACCUGCGCUGGUGGCGCAGCACCCACGGGCCGGCCAUGGCCACGGACUGGCCUCAGUUCGAGGAGUGGUCCCUGGACACGCAGAGGACAAUCAGCCGAAAGGAGAAGGGCGGCCGGAGCCCUGAUGAAGUCACUCUGACCGGCAUCGUACCCACAAGAGAUGGCGCCGCCCCCCCACCCCAGUCCGCAGGCGGCAGGCAGGAUGAGGAGUGGUCAGAGGAGGAGCACCUCCGGAGGGCUGCCGCUGGCGUGCGGGUGCGGGCGCUCUACGACUACGCGGGGCAGGAGGCGGAUGAGCUCAGCUUCCGAGCAGGGGAGGAGCUGCUGAAGAUGAGCGAGGAGGACGAGCAGGGCUGGUGUCAGGGCCAGCUGCAGAGUGGCCGGAUUGGCCUGUACCCUGCCAACUACGUGGAGUGUGUGGGGGCCUGACCUGCCCUGCCCUGGCGGCCCGUCUGCAACGUGUCUCCACCCUGAGUCAGAGCUCAGCUUGUCUGGACAGCUGGGCCUCAGGGCCCUGCACCAUUCUGCCUCUGCUGCCCCUCUGUCCCUUGAGGAGGGAGGAAGUCCUGCGACCCAGGGAGGGGAGGGGCCUGUGUCUAGGAAGGGAUUGGUAGGGAAGGGUCAACUGAGUCUAGGGUCAGGGGAAGACGGGAGGUCAGGCGGGGACAGAAGGGCUCAGGGGUGCCCGGGCCUCCCCUAGGGUCCUCCAGUCUCCCCGGGAGCUGUGGACCCAGUUCCUGGUCUGUGUGUCUGGGGGUUCCCGGGGUUGGCUUGGGGUGAGCGGAGUUCUGGGCCAGCAGCACUCUUCUAUGGCUUGUCCUAGUGUGUAUUAAACUUGGAAGAAAAAUAAAACAAACCAACCAACCCAG